AUGGCGGCAACAUGGUUCCCGACGUCUCCAGCUUCACUGAACUUGAAAGCCGCCAGAACUAAACCUACCUUGCCACCAACUUUCCGAUUGACGUGCUACGCUCAAAAAAUCAACCAUAACGACGAGCCACGCGCUGUUUUUUCAUCGGUAAGAACCUUUGCUCCGGCGACGGUGGCUAAUCUAGGUCCGGGCUUCGACUUCAUGGGUUGUGCGGUGGAUGGUAUUGGUGACAUAAUCUCAGCAAGAGUGGAUCCAGCUGUUCGCCCCGGCGAGAUAUCUAUCUCAGAUAUUUCGGGUCAAACCCCAAACAUUCACAAACUCAGUAAAGACCCUCUCCGGAACUGCUCCGGUAUUGCAGCCAUCGAAGCCAUGAAAAUGCUGGGUGUUCGAUCUGUCGGUCUUUCCCUCUCCCUCCAGAAAGGUUUACCUUUAGGGAGUGGGUUGGGAUCCAGUUCCGCCAGUGCAGCUGCGGCCGCUGUUGCCGUGAACGAGAUAUUUGGGAGAAGAUUGACAAUAGAUGAACUUGUUGUCGCAUGCUUAAAAUCCGAGGAGAAGGUAUCGGGUUAUCAUGCAGACAAUGUCGCGCCGUCGAUCCUGGGGGGAUUUGUUCUGGUUAGGAAUUACAAACCCUUGGAGUUGAUGCGGCUGAAGUUCCCUUCUGAAAAAGUGUUAUAUUUUGUACUCGUCACACCUGAAUUUGAAGCCCCCACGAUGAAGAUGAGAGCUGCACUUCCUUUGGAAAUAGGGAUGGCGCAUCAUGUGUGGAAUUGUAGCCAGGCAGGGGCUCUGGUGGCUGGAGUGUUGCAGGGAGAUUUGUUGAUGUUUGGGAAGGCGUUGUCGUCCGAUACAAUUGUUGAACCAAAGCGUGCAGCUUUGAUUCCUGGGAUGGAGGCUGUUAAGAAGGCUGCUAUUAAAGCUGGAGCUUACGGAUGCACUAUCAGUGGUUCUGGACCUACUGCUGUUGCUGUCACGGAUGAUGAGGAAAAGGGUCACCUCAUUGGUGAGCAGAUGGUUAGAGCUUUUCAAAGGGAUGGCAACUUGAAAGCUUCUGCUUAUGUCAAGCAGCUUGAUCGUGUUGGUGCUAGACUUCUUAGUGGCGUUCGAGCAAAUUGUUUUGAUUCAAUUUCAGUAGGAGAGAGAUAUUGA